AAAUAAUAAAAAUAUUAUUUUGAAAAAAUAUUUUUAUUAUAUUAAAUUUAAAAAAUAAGUUAUAAUAUGUAUUAAAUAUAUUCGACGGUAAAACAACACAUCAUUUGUAUUUUUUUCGCAUCUUUAGAAAUCCAAUCAUAGGGAGAUACUAAAUCAAUCGAUCAGACGGUGCGCCCACGUCAUAUUUUCUGCACUGCAGGCGGUGCACAAAGAAUUCGCUUUUUGCCAGAUUGCUUUCGGAUCGCUUCCGACUUCCGAGGCCCAAUUUCACUGGGUCCUCUGCUCUGCGGCCUCUCUCCCGUCUCUCUCUCCCUAGCCCCACGACCGCCGGAAAACUGCAGCCGCCGUCCCGGUAGACUCGGAACCACCGCAGCCCGCCAGCGAGACUUCGGGACCACUGGGCCGCGGGUGUGCCUAAGAAGAGAGAAAAGACACCGAAACCCGUGAUCUCAGAGAUCUCCAUCUUUCGCGCUCGAUCGCUGCCCGCCGACUCUCAGUUCUCGGAUCUCAUCCCAAAGUCUGAACGUCGUCAUGUCGGCGCUGUUUAAUUUCCAUUCGUUCCUGACGGUGGUACUGUUAGUGAUCUGCACCUGUACCUACAUCAAGAUGCAGUUCCCAACCAUUCUUGAACAGAGGACCGGGUUCCGAGGCUUCUUCUGGAAGGCAGCUAGAAUAGGUGAACGCUUAAGCCCAUGGGUGGCCUUGGGGUGCUUUGCUAUGGGCAUAUCCAUAAUUAUAUUCUGAGUUGGAGAAGCAUUUGGGUUUCAAGCUGAUUUUAUACACACUCAAGCGAUAGCACAGCCUCUUUUACGUACUGUACAUUUCAUUUCCCCUUUGCAGAAGAGUGUAUUUAACUCUCGGUCAGCCUGGGUCUAAGAUGGGCAUUGUGGUGGUCUUUUAUUUACUUAUUAUUGGGAAUGCGAGACGGUGUCUGUCUUUAACUUUUUUUCUUUUUUCUUUUUUCUAUUUUGUGUUUCUCUUGUUCACUCAUUAUACAGUAGCACCAUGAUCUUAUUUUAUGCCCUGUUGCAUGUUGUCACGUUGAGAUCUUUCCAACAACAUGAAUAGGCAAUGGUGCAGUGCAGCUGAACCUCUCAAGUGGAUCUGCCAUAUUGGGUCAUGUAUAACUAAAAGUGUUGAUUGAUGAUGAUGACACCUCUUUGCUCUUUUUUCCAU